CCGGAUAAUUUCACAUCUGUACGGAUUAUUCCAGAAGGUUUGGGGAUUAUUGAAUCCAGAAAAGUCUGUUUUUCAUUACAUUUAUAGAUCAAUAUGCAAUAUUAAUUGUCAUGAUGACUAUGGCAAUAGAUAGCAAGAAAAGGGUGGAGAAUCCGAGGAAAUACUCCGAGUGACAGAAAUUGUUUUUUCUGGGCCGUAAAAGACUAUUUGAAUAGGAUGGAGGUCCACACCCACACUGACCUGAGGCUUCAACUGGUUCAUUUCAUUGAAAAGUUACCCGAGACUACAAAGGCUGAGCUCCACCAUUUCCUGACAAGAGACAUGGACACAUACUUACACAGUAUGUUGAAGAAUGGCACUUAUGCUGACCAUGUGUGCCUGCAAAUGAUGUGCAAGAUGCUAAAAUGUAGCAUUACACUUUACAGUGGUCCAUGCGGAAUUAGCAGACAUCCACAUAGAUGCAUCAAGCUUGCCAACACUGGUGCUUGGGUAUCUACCAGACAUCGAGCAUUACGUCAGUCUCGAGCCCAUACCCAGGAUUGCACCAGAAGACUUUGUGGCUGUGCAUUUCAAGACGAAGAGGAGCACAUGCCUGUAUUUAGCUAAGGUUCUGGAAGAUGUGGAAGAUGAAUUUCUGCUCAAGUUCCUGCCGGCAACCAGGUCGGAUGGUGUGUACAACUGGCCUAUGAAGGACGAUGUAUCCUGGCAGCGCAGUGAGGACAUCAUUGGAAGACUUCCAGCACCAACUCUACUGCCCUGCAGGGGAAUCAAACUAAUGUUUGAUCUGUCAAGCCUAAGGCCCCUGUCUGCAUAUGUGCUCAAGUGAUUGUGUAGAAACAGUGUCGAGAACAAGUGUUUGGACAGUAUAUUUACUGCUGCAGUUCCUAGUUAUUUUUUUCUCUUAAAUAGCCCUUCAAGUGCCCUGCUUUAUGACUUUCUUGUACCCAAAGGUAGACUCAGUGCUACUCUGAUUCUGAAUUUGGACUUUGCUGUUUGUAAUUUUAGACAAUGUUUCUCCUUUUUUUCACGGAAAUCUAUUUGCAAGUGGGUUUUGUGGGGCACUUUAUCCGCUAUUCUAAGGUAAAAGUUGUGUUUGAAAAGUAGUUGUUCUUCAUUAAAGUUACAAGACAUUGUUUUUUAAAAAAAUCCUUCAGAACUAUUUUAAUAUAAUAGAAGUAUUGUGUUUGAUGAAUGUUAAAUCCAAUUGUUUUUGUUUGCUACACAUAUUAAGCUCAGUGGUUAAAAGAAAAGAGAAAUAAAGUAUGUCAGGAGUGUAACAGGCAUUAAAGUGUUCAAAUAAUUAAAUAUUCCUCUCUCACCAGUCAGGUUUUUGCAAUAACCACUUGAGCAACUUUCUUAACCACAUUAUUUCUAAUUUAUGAAAACAGCUUAGUUCCAACCAAUACACAGUGUUACUCUGCAUCAAGUUUGUAUCUAAGCUGUUUGCCACUUGCAGUCAUAUAAAAGUUCAUUAAAUUGAAAACUGCCAGUAUUGUAACAAAUAAUAGUACACUGUAAGCUUAUCAUGACUCAGACAGUCUACAAUACUGAUAACAUUCACGGAUUCAUGUAAGUAAGACUUAUAACAGUACAUGAAUAUACACUUGAUUCCAUGUCAGGAGUGUAACACAUUUAUAUUAUAUAAUAUACAGCAUUAUAAAGUUUAUGAUUGUUACCAAAAUGAUUGUGCAUUCAGUGUAAAUGUGUUGAUUAUUAGAAUUAAAAGUUAUAAUGAGAAAAUUCUACAUCAUUUGUUCCAAAAAUACCCAAAAAUGAAGUACAUAGUAUUUGCAAUGCCCUCUGCUUUCUAACAAAUCAUCAAAUACUCACAUAUUUUCACGAUGUAUUAAUCUAAUUCAAAGAAGAGUGCUUCUUCUUUGAUUUACAUCACAAAGUUUUGCUCCACUUAUCUUUUGCUGAGAAACAACAGGGCAUUGUUGAAAAGGGUGUUUCAGGUCAGGGGUGUAACAUUUUGAGGAAAUUAGGCUCAAAAGUUGGCCUUUCAUGAAAUUUUUGAGGUUACUUUGACUCCCAUGAAAAUUUCAGUGAUGGUUUUAUAUUCAUUCCUGUCAUUCAUUAAGUAUA